AUUAUCUCUUCUCAUAAUUCCAUACACCAAUUUUUUAGAUUAUGUCCCAAAUAUGAUGAUGAUCGGAGAACAACCUCGGCUUUCAAAUCCGACCGUCCAAAUCCCAUCAUGGGACCCAUUCUUCGACGAGCCAACGUCACCGUUACCAUCCCCAUUCAGUAACGCCGCCAGUUCUUCUCCUUUCCUUGAUUCUUUAACCGCUCUCCACCGUUACUUGCCGUCAAACGAGUCCGACUCGCUAACCAGCGAUGACUUUGACUUGCCUGUGGAUGCUUAUUCGUGUGAUCAGUUCCGCAUGUAUGAGUUUAAGGUGAGGAGGUGCGCACGUGGCAGGUCACAUGACUGGACUGAAUGUCCGUACGCUCAUCCCGGAGAAAAGGCUCGCCGGAGAGAUCCUCGCCGUUAUCAUUACUCCGGUAUUGCUUGUCCGGACUUUAGGAAGGGCGGUUGCAGGAAAGGUGACACUUGUGAGUUCGCUCAUGGAGUUUUCGAGUGCUGGCUGCAUCCCGCUCGGUAUCGUACGCAACCUUGUAAAGAUGGCCCGGCUUGUCGCCGCCAGGUUUGUUUUUUCGCGCAUACACCAGAUCAGCUUCGGAUUUUGCCUCAGGCGAGCCCCAGAUCCGGGUCGGGUGAUAUGGAAAUCGGGUCGCCUUUGAGGCAUCAUUUGGAGUCGUAUUUGACGAAGGCUGGAUCAUUCGGGUCUUCUCCUACAUCUAUUCUGGCUUCGCCACCAUCAUCUCCUCCAUCAGAUUCUCCACCAAUUUCACCUAGCAGCCAUCAAGUGAUUGGCGGCUCAUUUGGCUCCUUUAAUUCACCCGGUGAGCUUGCUGUCUCUAUGCGCAGUAUGCAGCUGGGUAAAAUGAAAUUGGGACAUGGUUCCUGGGGCAUGCAGAAUGGGUUUGGGUCGCCCCGUGGUGUGUCAUCUCUUCGACCCAAUUUUUACAGCUUGCCUUCUACCCCGACCCGGGUGAUGUCCCGGGUCGGACCAGGUCAGCUGGAUUUCUGGGACUCUAGCUUUGAUGAAGAACCAGUGAUGGAGAGGGUGGAGUCUGGAAGAGAUUUAAGGGCAAAGAUUUAUGCAAAACUAUCCAAGGAGAACUCACUGGAUCGAGUUGACCCGGCUCCAUCUGCACCUGAUGUCGGGUGGGUAUCUGAGCUGGUGAAAUAAAGUGAAGUUGAAGCAUUUUUCAUUAGUAAUGGGUAAAUUAAUUAAUUUUGGUUGCUUUUGGGAUGAACUAUUCUAUAUCUUGAAUUGACUGCUGUAAAUAUAUGAAGGCGAAUUCGGAUUUACUGUAUUUACUUGCUAUUCCUCUGUAAAUAGUAGUAGUUCAUGGGGGGAGAGAUUUGAAGAAUCUCUGUUUUUGUGUACAGACAAAAGAGGAGUUUUUCUGAGAACUGCUGCAAAUGGGUAGCGGCGGUUUAUAUGCUUUGUUUAAAUUAUCCAAUUUGUCUGUCGAAUUGUAUUUCUCAAUUUGUUAGUAUCAUUUCUUCUAAUUUUUCUGUUUUCGGAAA